UUCUCUCACAUGAGAGAGACAGAGAGAAAGUGUGUGUGUGUGUGUGUGUGUGUGCGCGUGUGAGUGUGUGUGUAGAGCGGAGUUCAUCUCACGCUGAGCCGCAGCUACACGAGAGAACCGGGAAAACACUGGCACAGGGUCAGACUGCAGCUGGAAAAAUCCACAGAGAGUCACCAGAAACCUGGACCUUCAUCAUCAGCCUCAUCAUCUUCAUCAUCCGGACUGGAUCAUGGCUGCACGCUUCGAGCUGUUCUAUUCUUCUUAGCACACACACAGUGUUUGAGUGGAAAUCAGGAGAGACAGGAGGGGCAUCAUGAUCUCUCACUACCCCCUGGCGUCUCUGCUCCCGUGGCCACCGCUGCCCCUCUGCCUGGAGCUGGACACUGACGGAGGAGUGGCACUGCAGAGAUACCAACCACGAUCGCCCGACAGCAGCCCUCGACACUGGAGCUCGGUGCAGGACUGGGGCGAGGAGGUGGAGGAGGGGGCCGUUUACAGCGUCACACUCAAGAGGGUCCAAAUCCAACAGGCGGCCAACAAAGGAGCAAGAUGGCUGGGGGCGGAGGGCGAUCGGUUGCCCCCGGGUCACACAGUCAGUCAGUUAGAGACGUGUAAGAUCCGCAGUAUUCGUGCAGGGACGCUGGAGCGGCUCGUGGAGACUCUGCUCACAGCUUUCGGUGAUAACGAUCUCACCUACACCAGCAUCUUCCUGUCCACCUACAGAGCCUUCGCCGGCACACACAACGUCCUGCAGCUGCUGCUCGACAGGUACGGACACAUGGAGGACAGCGACAGAGAGAGCAGUCAGAGCCAAACCGGAGAAAAUCGGGCAGCCGUGAGAACCGCGUUGGCGUCCAUCCUCAGAGCGUGGUUAGAUCAGUGUCCUGAGGACUUUCAGGAGCCGCCGUCUUACCCGAGUCUGCACAGGGUUUUAGAGUUUCUGAAGAAGGCGAUGCCGGAUUCCGAGCCGACACGAAGAGCACAGAGCCUGCUGGAGCAGCUGCAGAGUCAUUCCAACGGAGAGAGCGAAACAGACGGUGGUUUCCAUGGUAACAGCCCUUUCUGCCUGGGCGAGGAUGAGGAAGUGGAGAUUGAGGUUCAGGAGGACUUCCUGUCCUUCAGCGCCGACCUGGUGGCCGAGCAGCUCACCUACAUGGACGCGCUGCUCUUUAAGAAGGUGGUUCCUCAUCACUGUCUGGGUUCCGUUUGGUCUCAGAGAGAUAAGAAGGAGAACAAACAGGCGGCUCCCACCGUGAGGGCCACCAUCACCCAGUUUAACGCCGUGGCAGGCUGCGUGGUGAGCACCGUCCUCCACCCGCGACACCUGCGACCACACCUACGAGCACGGAUCAUCCAGCGCUGGAUCGACAUCGCACAGGAGUGUCGCAUUCGUAAGAAUUUCUCCUCCCUGAAAGCCAUUGUCUCGGCGCUGCAGUCCAACCCCAUCUACAGACUGAAGAGAGCGUGGGCCUGCGUACACAAAGACAGCAUGCAGACGUUUGAGGAGCUCUCAGACAUCUUCUCCGAUCACAACAAUUACCUGACGAGCCGAGAGCUGCUCAUGAGGGAGGGCACGUCCAAGUUCGCCAGUCUGGAGAACUGUGCCAAGGAGCAUCAGAAACGCUCGCAGAAGAGACUGCAGCUGCAGAAAGAUACGGGCGCCAUGCAGGGCACUAUUCCGUACCUGGGAACGUUUCUGACAGAUCUGACCAUGCUGGACACGGCACUGCCCGAUCUGGUCGAGGGCGGCCUGAUCAACUUUGAAAAGAGGAGGAGGGAAUUUGAAGUGAUAGCUCAGAUCAAGCUGUUGCAGUCUGCGUGUAACAGCUACUGCCUCAAUCCUGACCCCGCCUUCCUGCGCUGGUUCAAGAACCAACCCCAACACAGUGAGGAGGAGAGCUACGGUCUGUCCUGUGAGAUUGAAGGACUCGGAGACAGCAGUCCCACGUCACCAAAGUCCCGCACCAGUAUGGUGAAAAGACUGAGUCUGCUUUUCCUAGGAGCAGAUGCCACGAGCACGGCCACGAGUUCCCCUGUGAGAGAAACAGCGAGAUCGCCCCCUGCUGGCAGCUCGGGGGAGAGCAUGGACUCGGUCAGCGUGUCCUCCAGCGACUCCAGUCCGUCAGACAGCGAGGGCAUGACGCCCACACACACUCUCCACUCACACAUGAACAAGAUGUCCGAGUCUUCCUCCUGCACGUCCCUGCACUCCAUGGACACGUCCUCGUCCUCGGCUAGCGGUUCUGCGGCGCCGUGCACUCACCGCCGCUGCGCAUCACUAACACCGUCUCCGACCUCGCCGGUAUCACCUGCGUAUAACACACAGACCCAGGACGCCUGCAUCAUCCGGGUCAGCCUGGAGCACGGCAACGGAAACCUCUACAAGAGCAUCAUGUUAACGAGCCAGGACAAAACCCCGGCCGUGAUCAGCAGAGCCAUGGCUAAACACAACCUGGACGAGGAGCAGGCCGAGGCCUACGAGCUCGUUCAGGUCAUAUCAGACGACAGAGAGUUGGUGAUUCCCGACAACGCCAACGUGUUUUACGCCAUGAACACGUCGGCCAACUUCGACUUCGUCCUGCGCACUCGCGGCUCCGAAGGACGACCGGUGCAGCUUCGCUCUCGCUGCAGCUCCACAUUACCGCGCACACAGCCACGCGCCAGCCUGUCCCUCAGGCUCAGCAAGGUCACACUAUGACCUCUGACCCCAGCCAGGGUCUGUGUGUAUGUGCGUGUGCAUAAACGUGUAGAUAUACAGUAUAUCUCUCUCUAUGAAGACGCUGCAUGAAGUAGAUGGUCCGGAAGUAGACGGGCCUGCCUGUUUUAAGUGCAAUGCUCUAAAAAUUUACAGUAUUUCAGACUUCUUUGUUCAUGUAUUCAUGGCCGUGUCCUGAUCCAACACAAGUGGAUCAAGUGGCCUAGUGGAGUUCUCACAGUGUCUACUAAAGAUGGACCUCUGUAUGGAUUUAAAAAAAAAAAAAAAAACACUUGUGUACUUUAUCAGUAUUCUGCUCUUAUUGAGCUUUUCUCUCUGCCUUUACCCAUGAUGAUGAUGAUGAUGAUGAUGAUGGGACGCUCAUGUCAGUAUUGGAAGUGAUUAACAGGAUCUGUGAUGUCAUCGCCGUCGCCAUCGUCAUCGUCGUCGCUUGUGUAUGUGUAUUUUUUCACGUCCUCAUGUGCACUUAUGCGUCUGCGAGUUCCUCUCAGCGCCCCCUGCAGGCUCCGACAUCGGGAGCCGUAUGAUGAACAAAACGCGUUCUGAUCGGUUCCUGAUCGUCUUCGCUUACCGACAUGAAGGCUCUCCGACUCAGGAAUCAUGGACUGAGCUGAGCUCUGAUUGGUUGCACUUGUUAGUAGGUGGGUGGAAGUGAAGAAUGGUAUUAAAACAAACAAAAAAAAAAGAUCCAACCUUGUAUUAUUGUAUUUCAGUCUUCCACACUUUAGUGUUAAUAAACACACAACACUAGGAAAAAUAGUUUUGUUUUUUUUUGUUAUUUUUUUGUAAGAAGUAGCUCUAACAUGAAUUAGAGAAGGAAUUGAGAAGUUUUUAAAUAACUUUAAAAUAAAUAAUGACAGAACUGUGAAGCACUGAAGGUAACAGUGCAUCUCCAGGUGAUAUUUCGACUGUGCCACGUCCCAAAUCUCAUCCUUCAGAACCCUGGCUAGUUCUCAUUUUCGCUAAUUCACCUUUUUUUUCCCCGCUAAUUCACGUUUUCGCUCUGUCCCAGCUCCACACACGAGGCUGAGUGUUUUCAAAUUGCGUAAUUUCUUUACUUUUAGUGCUAAUAUUCCAAUUCAGCAACAUGUAGUGUACUGAUAAUUGCGCACUACAAACGCAGGAAAUAAAUCUGCCCACUCAGGGUGUGUAUUCGGGGCAGAAAGACAUCGAGUCGUGUCCGGAUGAAGAGCAUACAGAGCUGCCUUGUGGGAUCUGGGGUGGGUUUCCUGAUGACGUUGAAACUUAGUGAAUAACGAGUAACAUAAAGACGGACGGACUUGAGUGAGUAAUGAAUGGGUCUGCUGACUCGUUAAUUUACGAACGAGUUUACGUUAGUUACAAAGAGCUUGGGAAAACCCUCGUAAUUAAAGAACGUUCUUAGGAAUGAGAUAACGGAGAACUUAGCGUUACGAAUGUUUUGGGAAACUCACUCCUGAGCGAUUUUUCGAAUGCGACACAUACGUAAGGACGUCAGUUCAGUAUUGAGGCAAAAAUGGCGUCCAACAGCUAGGCUUGUGCGAUUUAACGAUUUAAUCUCUCUUACGCAAACUUACAUGGCCAUGAUAUCCAGCCACUAUUACAUAAAGGUUAUAUUAUAUUAAUAACUGUGCAAGUUUAACAUUUAAUGCUUGAAUUUACUUUUUUUUAAUGGUAAUGAAAUGGACAUUGUGGAUUCUCUGUGACCUCAAGCCUUGACCUCGCUACUUUUUUUUAAUAUUCCAGAUUUAUAAUUAUAGACGUGUAAAUCCAUAUUCAAUACAUAUUUCAGCAUAUUUUUAUUUUUCGUUGUGUUCCACAGAGUCAGAGUUACUCAGUGUUUAUGGAACUCGCAGAGGAAUUGGUCCAUGAUUGGAAAAAUCAGCAGCCUUCAUAGAUGGAGUGAUAUUCAAUAUUCGUAAUAUUGAUUUGUAAAAUAAAUGAAUAAAAUGAAAAAAAGGCGAUUGAGAUUCGAAUGUAAAUCUUAAAAGUGCAACGUAAAUUAGAAUCAAAUUGAAUUUUUUUUCUAGAGAAAUCCUGACACUCGUUAAGCGCUGGAACAUUUGCUCUAAAGGUGUGAUAGUCAGAUUUUUUCCGCUUACUUUUACAAAUAACCUGAAAGAUAUAUAGAACAUGAUAAAAAAAAAUUAAAUAAAAAAAACAAUGCAUGAUUUUUAGCAAAAGUGUAUUAAUUUGCUGAGAAAACCUGUUUGGAAAACGGACUUCCGGUCCGGAAUGCUUGUCUGGGUUUGGAUGCGCCGCCUGUCAGGCGUUUUAUAGAUAUUUAUCUAUACCGGCUGUCGUAGAUCGUGUGGGCGGAGCUUCAUGAAUAUGGGCGGGAAUCAUUUGAAUGUCGAGUGGACCUAACUUUUAGAGAAUUAAUCUCGGAAAAAAAUCUUACCUAAUGCACCUUUAAAUGAAUUGGAGGUUAUAUAGAAAAGGUUAUGUAGCUUUUGUGGCUUUAUUAGCAAUAAACAAUGCAAAAAAACAUUAAAUUAUUAUUAUUAUUAAUAAUAAUAAUAAUAAUAAUAAUAAAAAUAGGGUUGUACAUAUAUGAGGUGUAGUUGAGGUGUGUCAGGAGCUGGAACAGAACUACAACGUGAACCAAUUUUUUUGUUUUUUCAGUAGAAUUUAUACAUCAAACCCUGAACCACAUGAACAUUUCCCUGUUUCACCUUCACACACUAACGUAAAUAUUCUCCAUCAGCUUUCCUACACGCUGUGUUGUUUUACCUUUCCGAACUCAACACCAGGACCUUCACAUGCUUAGUAUUUCCUGUUUUUUUACUCCUGAUUGAACUCACACACACACACACACACACACACACACUUGCACAAAAGCCCUGGUUCGUGCACGUCAGCGGUUCUGGGACUUCGGCGUGUGAGGAUUUGUUCGCGCCUCGUUCACGUGUGUCAUGUAUCAUUGUUUAAACGAUAUUUUAACUCAUUUCUUAGAAAGUGAAAUGAGAGUCUUUAUUCUUUUUUUUUUUUUCAGUUCCAGUGCAGCACUUGUAAAGUUUCUCUUUUUUUUUUUCAUUGCCAAAGAAUCUUUAUCUCCAACACUUCGCGAAUAAAUUAUUAUAGUUAUUACGAUAAAAUGUUUUUGUAAUUGAAUAUUAAUUUUCUUGAAUUAAACUGAACCUGAACAACAA